UAAACUGUACCUUGCCAACGAACUUUCCCCAGCCCAUAUAUCUAUUCUGCCAUCAAACCUUCCCCACCCCAUAUACCUCGCCACUCUCAUCACAAACCUUCCCUAGCCCAUAUAUCUACACCGCCAUCAAACUUUCCAUAUAUCUCGCCCUCAAACCUCCAUUUCCCCACCCCCCACCCACAAUGCCGCCCACACAAACCAACCUCGUCCCCCACUACGCUCGACAGUACUCGGGAUCCGUGCCCUCAUGUGUCGCUACCUGCAUGAGCUCGGGCAACACUACUGGAUGCAGCGGUGUCACUGAUUAUACCUGCGUCUGUGCCUCUACUGCCUAUGUCACCUCUGUCAGCGAAUGCUUCUCAAACUCGUGUACUGCUGCGGAGACUGCCGUCGGCCAAACCUACUCUGAAUCUGCCUGUGCCUACUAUGGCGUCAGUAUCAACGCCACCUCUACAUCCACUACUACCGAUAACUCUACUGCCACUGCCGAAGUAUCCUCGACCGCCUCCGCCGUCCUUUCCGCUCCCGUCACCUACUCUCACGCCUAUAUCAAUAUCCAAGCCAUCUUCUCUUCCAUCUGCGGCGCCCUCCUCCUCCUCGCCCUCGUCUCUGGUUUCAUCUCCUGCCGCGCCCGCUACAGGCGCGAGCGGGCUUUCACCCAGAGCCGCACCUGGACCGGCGUGGGCAGUACCAUGGUCGGCGGCAACACCCAAGCCACCGGCGGCGGCAAGAGCAAGAUGUUUGCGUCGCGCAAUGUUGACCCGACAGCGACCUUUAUGAGCGACAACUUUGGGGCUACGAGCUCAAAUUUCGGGGGGACGACUGUGAAUGGUGGUGGGCAGGGGGUGUCUUUUGGUGGGGCGUUUGGAGCGGCGGGGGCGUAUUCUGCUGGACCGUCGUAUACCAACGGGAACGGUGGCUUUACCAACCGUCUUCCUGUCGGCGAGGAAGAAGACUCCAAGUCGGAAGGGUACGAAUUGGGCGAUCUUACCAAGAAGAGCUCUAUCCGAGAGAGUAUCAAGGAGGAGGAAGAGGGUUUGGACAGCCCUACGACUUCCAAGGGGCCGGGGAGUGAAGUGGACUUGGACGGCAGUACUGUGCAUUUGAACAGGCUGAACAAGGACCAUGCCUAUUGAGCGGUGCGAGUGUUUUUCAUAGAAGCAAUAGCAAGACUUUUGGGAGUAAUUAUCAGCAAUAAUCAACUCGUAUAUCUAGUCGACUCUGUCUGGGUUCUAAUUGUGAAUGUAUUUUGAUUGUCCAAUACGUCCAACACGUGAGGAGAAUCAGAGCCUGCUCUACAAGUGCGACGUUCAAAAUGGUAUUCGUUGUAUAUGCAGAUGCGGUGAUGCAUGAUUGUAUCUAUGCGCUUUGGGUCUCGGCUGUGGCGGCCGGGGAUUCAAUGUCGUGGGCGACGGCGU